GCCCCGGCGCCGCCGGGCUGCCCGAGGAGGGGCGCGGCGCCGCGCCGCCGCCGGGCACCGGCGGCGGGCCGCUGCGGCCGGGGGCCGUCCGCAGGGCGUCGAAGCGCCAGGCGGCCGGGCCCGGGGCGCCCGCGGGCGGCUCCAGGGAGCGGGCGGCGAGGUCCUCGAGGACCACGGACUGUGACGACGCCAAGGACUUCCAGAUGUUCAUGCAGCGCCCGGUGUGGACUCUCGACAAGCAGGAGAUCCAGCGCAUCCGCCGCCGCAGUGUCAAGCUGGAGGGCCCUCACGCGGGCUCCGAGGGCGGCGACGCGGGCGCCGAGGGGCACGGGCAGUCGGAGGCCAUGAUGUCCGAGGUGAGGGUCGGCAGCGGGCGGUGCACGGUGCACCCGCAGGCGCAGCGGCGGCUCGUCUGGGACCUGGUCGCCCUGGCGCUGCUCGCCUACGACAUGAUCACCAUCCCGCUCCAGGCCUUCAGCCUUCCGCACCUGACGAUCCUGGAGGUCAUGGAUUGCGGAUCAUAG